AUGGAGAAUAAUGAGCAAGUUACUGCAAAUAAGGAGCUUAAGCACAGAGGAGUCGCAGCCAUGCCAUUUGUUAUAGGAAAUGAGACCUUUGAGAAGCUGGGGACAAUUGGAACCUCAGCAAACCUCUUGGUCUAUCUCACCACUGUCUUCAACAUGAAGAGCAUUACAGCAACUAAUCUCAUCAACAUCUUCAAUGGUACUUGCAACUUUGGUACUUUGCUAGGAGCUUUUGCCUCUGAUACGUAUCUUGGCCGCUAUAAAACAUUGGGAAUCGCCUCAAUCUCAUCUUUCACGGGGAUGCUUGUGCUAACACUAACAGCUGCAAUUACCAAUCUUCAUCCUCCUCAAUGUGGAACAGAGAGCAGCACAUGCACAGGGCCAACAGCAUGGCAAAUGGCCUUUUUAUUAACCGGAUUCGGACUACUAGUAGUCGGAGCUAGUGGGAUUCGACCAUGCAACUUGGCGUUCGGAGCAGACCAAUUCAAUCCCAAUACAGAGUCUGGCAGAAAGGGAAUCAAUAGUUUCUUCAAUUGUCAUUGUCUACGUGCAAUCGGACGUGAACUGGGCGCUCGGCCUGGCCAUUCCCACGUUUCUAAUGUUCCUUCAUGUGCAUUCUUCUUCAUUGGCACGAGGAUUUAUGUCAUGGUGAUACCGGAGGGUAGUCCCUUGACAAGUGUGGCACAGGUCAUCGUGGCUGCUAGCAAGAAGAGGAAGUUGAAGUUGCCAGACCAACCAUGGGGCUCUCUGUUUAACCAUAAGCCCACUAAUUCUAUAAAUUCUGAGCUUCCUUACACAGAUCAAUUCGGAUUCGUGAACAAAGCAGCGAUCAUAACUCCACAAGACGAAAUCAAAACAGAUGGAUCAGCAGUGGAUCCAUGGAGACUCUGCAGCAUACAGCAAGUGGAAGAAGUAAAAUGCUUGUUGAGACUGAUUCCCAUAUGGAUUGCAGGCGUUAUCUACUAUAUUGUUCUAGUCCAACAACAAACCUAUGUAGUCUUCCAAGCCAUUCAAUCUGAUCGACGCCUCGCCAACACGAAUUUCAAGGUCCCAGCAGCAUCCUACACUGUCUUCUCCAUGCUAAGCCUCACUAUCUGGAUACCAAUCUACGACAGGAUCAUAGUACCUUACCUUCAAAAACUCACGAAAAAAGAAGGCGGUAUCACAAUCCUUCAAAAAAUGGGGAUCGGCAUGGUUCUCGCCAUUGUCACCAUGAUUGUAUCAGCUUUAGUCGAAAACAGGAGGAGGACCGUGGCUUUUACAAGGCCAACACUAGGAAUUGUGCCAAGAAAGGGUGACAUUUCUUCCAUGUCCGGUUCUUGGUUAAUCGCUCAGUUGACACUGGUAGGACUUUCCGAGGCGUUUACUGUUAUCGGACAAGUCGAGUUCUUUUACAAGCAGUUCCCAGAAAACAUGAGGAGCUUUGGAGGCUCUUUCUUGUUUUGUGGCUUUGCAAUGUCAAGUUACUUGAGCAGUUUCUUGGUGUCGAUUGUUCAUCAGGUGACCAAAAAUUCAACAGGAGGAAACUGGUUAGCAGAAGACCUUAACAAGGGAAGAUUGGACUAUUUUUACUACAUGAUUGCUGGUUUGCAGGUAGUGGAUUUGGGGUACUUUCUGGUAUGUGCAAAGUGGUAUAAGUAUAAAGGAACAGGAGGCAACACUGGUGAAGAAGUGGGCAUGGGAAAUUUACAUUCUGGAAAACCUUUUGUUUGA